AUGGGCCAAGGAAGUGGACGUCAAGAAAGAAGCAAGAACCAAGAUCUGGCAACAAGUGACACCAUGCAGGCAGAAGAGAAUGUACAAAGUGAUAAUGGGGAAACCAGAGAGACAAAAACCAGAGAUGAGAGGCUGAGGCUGGUCUUUGGCAUGGCAGACUUAAAAAAUAAAGCUAUUGGACUGUACAAUAUUGGACAGACCUGCUGUUUGAACUCUCUACUCCAAGUGUUCCUCAUGAAUACACACUUCACUGGGAUACUGCGAAGGAUCACAGUGCCACCAAGUGCCUCACAGAAAAGCAGGAGUGUCCCAUACCAAAUGCUCUUGCUGCUGGAGAAGAUGCAGUCUGGCAAGCAGAAAGCUGUUUGUCCUAAGGCCCUUGCUUACUGUCUUUCACUGCACAGGGUGAAAUUGUUUGUGCAGUAUGAUGCUGUUCAGCUCCUUCUGACUCUCUGGAACUUGAUAAAGGGGCAGCUGACAAACCCAGAGCUGAUUGAAAAGCUGUGUGAUCUGUACACUAUCUGGGUACAGGAGUACAUGGUGUGUCAAGAGUGUUCAUUUGAAACAAAAAGGAACAGCAACAUGAUAACCCUUCCACUCUCAAUGUUGGAUUCCAGUUGUCACCUGCUGAAAACAUUGGAGGAGUGUCUGCAAUGCUUUUUCUGUCCAGAAGAGCUGACUGGUCAGAACAUGUGUUUCUGUGAACACUGUGGAAAGAAAACACCUUUUACGCAGAGCAUGAAGUUAGCCCAUCUGCCACAGACCGUGAUCUUACACCUAAAGCGCUUCUGCUUCAGAAAAUCAGCCUCCACCCACAAGCUUUGUCACUAUCUGUCCUUCCCACAAGACCUUGAUUUCAAUGCAGUCUUGACAGAAGAGCAGUGUCAAACAGAUGCCAGUGAAAAGGCUUCCUGGCAAUAUGAACUCUUUGCCGUUGUGGCUCAUUCAGGAUCAGCUGAUUGUGGACACUACUGUGCCUAUAUUCGGAGCAUCACGGAGUGCAAGUGGUACUGUUUUGAUGAUUCCGAGGUUUGCCAGGUAUUGUGGGAUGAUGUUAAAUGCACAUAUGGACAUUCAGAGUUCCACUGGGGACAAACAGCCUAUCUGUUGGUUUACAUGAAAAAAGAUCUCCAAGAGCCUUAUCCCGGACUAUCAGAGAAUCUUAGGAAGCUGUCCCCGUCAUUCUGACCUGGGUGUGGAGCUCAGCACCUCCAUUCCACUGUGGAUAGGCACAAAUGUUUCACAAGAGACACCUGCACUCAAUCAGCAACCUUCUGCCUUUACUAAAAGUGCAGUAGAAGCUCAGCUAGAGAAGGGUUAUAAGCAUCCCUGAAGGUUUCUUUUGUGGCAUACAAUUAUUUUUUACUCUAUCCUGGAUACUUGUGUGAUUCAAUGAGAUACUUUCCUUUUAAAACAUAGUAAAGAUAGUCCUUGUCCCUGCAGACUUACCAAUUUUUUCUGUUGCUGAUGCCUGUAUUCCAACAGAGGGGCAAUUUCUGCCUGGGAAGCCAGCAUGUUGUUCCUGGGGUGCAUAUGAUUGCUGUGACCUAAACAAUAAAACUGUAAAGCUGUAAGAUCUUGAAGCUUACCCUAAUGCUCUAGGGUAGCUAGAGCAUUGAUAAGGUGAGCUAGGGACCCCAAAAGUCUUCAGAAACAGCUGAAAACAUGUCCAAGACCUUUAUGAUGAUCAGUGAAAUCUGUUCCUAAGAAUCUUGCUAAAGAUGAGUCACUGCAGCAUUUGAGAUGUGACUGAAAAUUAGUAUCAUAGAGGUGCCUUUGAAUCAGAGCUCUUACAGUACUUCUGAUGUACAAGAUGAGCCUGCAUGUGUUUAUGCAGAUGUUUAUGGUUUUAGCAUACUAUUCAUUUAUAUUAAUUUUCUUGUAUUAUGGAGGAGAAUAAUCAGAGGGGCAGAGGUGCUGAAGAUCCUUAGUGAUUUUUUCACAACACAUUCUGUGCACUGUGGGGAGAGGCAAAAUCAGACACCUCUUUGGCCUGAACUUUGGAGAUUUUCCUUUAGAAUUUUUCAGCCUAUUGCUAGUAAGAGUUGUCUUACUCCCUUCCUUCUCCUUUCAUGAACUGGAAAUGUCCCUCAAGCAGAAAUUAUUCUGUAGAGAGCAAUUUUAUAAAGAAAAAUGAGUCGUUUUUAAAUUUCCAGUUAAGUGCUGUCAUUGUGCUUUCAGUUCAGCCUGUGCUGCCAUGGCAGGACCAUGCAGCUGAAAGGAAAAUGCUGAAGGAGCUGCCAAGGAAGAUUGGUAAAACGUGACAAUCGUAAGAAGAGCAUUCUAAAAAUCUCACAAGACUUAUCCCUGAGCAAAGAUUAAAAGUUUGCUUAUGAUGCUUUUAAAGCACUCACUAUGCAAGUCUUGAUGGGCUGCCUUCUGUGAAAGGGUCAGUGAUUCCAGUAACAUACCUAAAAACACUUCAUAGCCUACCAGCGUUCUUUGGCACUGUCUUUGGCAGAAUCCAUUUAAAAUAUACUAGUUGAAUAACUAUUGUGCCUAUUUAUAAUCUCAUUUACUUAGAUGAUGAUGAUGAUGAACAUCUCCACUGUUUUCUGUUAGCAGGUGGAAAGUGAUUGGAGAGUGCUUAAUGCCUAGCUGUGAAAUUCAAUUAUUAUGAAC